GCACAGACGGCUCGUGGUAAUUUGAUGUGUGUCCCCGGGGAUGUUUGAUGGAUUAAUGCUAAGUAGGCUCCCUUUUCCAAAGGCACCACCUGAUCUUUGGGGGUUCGUGCCCCAUAUAAAAGCCUGCGCUAGUGCUGAGCUCAGCUAGUCUAGCCAUCUCCUCUCCUCUCUCUUACACUGUCUUUAUCUCUCUGUCUCCACUUUCUUUCUUCCUCUGUCUUUUCUUUCUCCUUUGGCUUUCACUUUUCCCUAGCACUUUCUCUUCCGCUCUUUCUCUUCUGUUCUUUCUGUUUCCGUUCUUUCUGGCAUUCAGACUAUUCAGGCCUGGGAGUUUUAGUAGUGAGGGAAAUCUCAGAGCAUCAUUUGGCGUCAUUCACCUCCAUUUUGUCUUUCUUUGACUUGGGGCCUUUUCUAAAGGGCUGUCCUAAAGUAGCGUGCAGGUCUUUGGCUUUUUCCUGUGUUGUUUUUUUCUUCAUAUGUGGUAUUAGGACCAGCCCGUCAAGAAAAUGCCACGUUCCUUUUUGGUGAAGCAACUGAAGGUCCACGAUUUCUCCUCCUCUUCCAAUCAUCAGCAUUACUCAGACGGAUCGUACACGCUCACACGUGCCAUCACCGAGUCCGCCACCAACUUGGCGGUCCGUUUGAGCGAAAAUGGCUACAUCCAGGAUUACGUCAUCCCCUCAAUAUGCCAGAGCACAAAGGGGUCGAGGAGGCAGACCGGGCUCUCCGCGGGGCCCCUGUACUCCCCAGGGAGCACCGGGGGCAGCGGGGGGGAGGACUACUCCGACCAUGACAUGGAGCAGCCCGACAGCCCCUGCUCAGGCAUGACCACCGAGUCGGACAGCAGCAGCUACACGGCGGACGCCUUCCUCAUCUCUGACGGCCGCUCUCGGAGAAGGGCCAACCACAGGCAAACAAAAAAGGAAGGUGAGGAGAGAAACAGCAUUGCAGAAGUGGUCUCCACAGGGGCCAAGCCUGCCAAAGGGAAGUCUGGAAAGUCUAAGGGACCAGGGCGCCACACGUGCAGCGAAUGCAGCAAGACCUACGCCACCUCGUCCAACCUGAGCCGCCACAAGCAGACACAUCGCAGCCUGGAAGGCCAGCAGGCCAGGAAGUGCCCCACUUGCCACAAGGCCUACGUGUCCAUGCCAGCGCUGGCCAUGCACAUGCUCACCCACGACCUGCGGCAUGAGUGUGGAGUGUGCGGCAAGGCAUUUAGCCGACCGUGGCUGCUGCAGGGUCACAUGCGCUCGCACACGGGCGAGAAGCCGUUCGCCUGCGCCCACUGCGGCAAAGCGUUUGCGGACCGCUCCAACCUGCGUGCCCACAUGCAGACGCACUCGGCCUUCAAGCAUUAUGAUUGCAAGCGCUGCGGCAAGAGCUUUGCACUCAAGUCCUACCUGAUCAAGCAUUACGAGUCGGCCUGCUUCAAGGGCUCCGGAGACGAAGGGGACUGCUGUCCUGAGGACUGAUCAGGGAUCAGCUUAUUUACACGAUAUCAGCUUCUUUACCCAGGUCUGUUUCACUGAGAUAACAUCUCCUUUACAAGAGAGACCAAUGUUGUGUUCAUUCGGGCAGUGUUUCCCAACUCCAGUCCUUGAGUUCCCCCAACAGUACACAUAUUUGUUGUAGUCCCAGACAAAUACACAUCAUUCAACUCAUCAAGGGCUUGAUGAUUAGUUGACAAGUUGAAUCUGUUGGGGGUACUCGAGGACUGGAGUUGGGAAACAUUAGGGCAUGUAACAGAAAUGUUUUAAAACACUUCACAACUGAAAACGAAAAUGAGGGUUAAACUUUUUUUUAAUUAUUGGACUUAUCCAGAUAGUCUCUCACCUUGUUUCAGUCUGUUUUCUUCCAUUUGGUGCCUAAUGAACACAAUCCUGGUCAAAGACUGCACUCCUCACCACUCGUCUUCCUCUUCCUGCCUUUUGAUAGAGAGCAAUAAUAAUGGCAAUGAUGGUUGUAAAGAACAUAGAAGAUAACCGACGAUGAGGACUGAAUAACAUUAAAAUGUUCAUAUUUUUUAUUCUAUAAUUAUUUAUGGAUUCGUAUUCAUUUACAUUCCAGUAUUAUUUAAUAUGCCAAUUAGCUCUUAAUUCCCCUCAAACAUUGCUUUCACGAUAAACAUAUUUGUGUAUUUAUUAAUUUAAUGUAUUUAUGUAUUUAUUUAUCAAAUUAUAAAUGUAUUGGUUAGCUAGGUUGUUAAUUCAUUUUAAAUGUAUUUAUUUAUUUGAUUUAUGAAUUGAACAUCUUAUAAAAUGCUGUAAUAUAUUUCUGAGACAAAGUAGCCCUAUAUCUGGUCUCAUUCACAACAAUUGUUGAUAUAUCCGUGUUCUACAUAGGAAAUGCUCAAUAUGCCAUUUUGUUUUUGAAUCUAUGCACAGGCUAUAAGUGUAAGCUACAUUGUGAUACUUAGACAUGAGAAGCCAGAGUUAAAUUGUUACACCAUUAUUAUGAAGGAUUGGUACCAUUAAUUAUUUGCCCUAUGUAAGGCCGUUGAAUUUGAAUUGUACUCAACUUUGUAUGUAAUCAGGAAAAGCUAUGAACUUUUCAAUUACCAAGUCAUAUCAAUAAUUAAAAGAUGAUAUUUUCACUAA